GCCGCCGCGGGAGGGACGGGGGAUAUUCAGAAAGAAUCUUGCCUGCUAAGAACAAGGUCUCCCGCACGGGUCUAAGCCCUUCUUUGAUUACUUGGGCAUUUCUGUGGGGCACGCUUGCCAUGUGGAAUGGCAUGCCCUUCCGUAGCACAUGCAACGUUCUGUUCCUGUUCCUGUUCUUGGUCAUGUUUGUGGGCCCCCUGUUCAGCCUGUUCCCUUUCUGUUCAAUGUUUCCUUCUUCCCCCUCCCCUAGCCGACGCCCCCCCCCCCGGCUUGGGACAUCUGGGCCCAACGGCAGGUCAGCCAGGUUUGUCGCCCUCAGCCCCGAAGGUGGACAUGCCCAGGCUCGCCUAGGUGGUUGGGGUCUAGUGUAGUCAUCCAUAAAUAUAUACUGGCCCCCUUGCUUCCCAUUCCGGGCGCUGUCCCUCUUCCGGCCCCCUUCACUACGCUCAAUACGCCUUCUUGCUGUUCACUUGCUCCAGAGGCUUCUGUUCCUCAUUCAUUCCUUCCUUCCAACGAGCAGUGCUCCACGUUCACUUUUUGACGAGAAAAACAACUCUCAUCAUCCACGGUUCUACCAACCACAACAUUGGCAAACAAUCAGAAAGCGGACAGUUCCAACCAGUGGCCUGACCCGAAAACAAACGGCAUCCAAGUCCAAGACAAAGACAGACCACUUACACUCGAGACAACAUUCCAGUGUAGCCAGCCGACCAGCCAGCCAGCCUGCACCCUUUCACACCUUCAUUCAUCUUCUCCAGCAAGGGGCGCCCCGAUCACAUCCAACGCUACUACCAGCUUAGAUUAGAAUAUCGGAGUCCUUCACCAUGAAGUCAACGACAGCAUCCCUCAUCAUCACCGCCCUGGCCUCGACGGUCAUCGCCCAGCCUCAUGGCCACCACCAGCACCAGCACCCGGCCCGGGCUGCCCACCAGCACCACCACAAGCGUGAUCUCGUCACUGAGUGGGACACUGUCUGGGUUACCGAGACCGUGACCGAGCUCAUCGACGGCACCACCACCGAGUGGAUCACGCCAACCGCCAAACCAGAGACCCCGUCCACCACUCUGGCCACCGUCACGUCCUCGUCGGCCGGCGGCCAGUUCUUCGAGGGCUCCCCAUCCAGCCCACCCGUGGUCGUCGCCCCGCCGCCGCCCCCGCCGGCCGUUGAGACGCCCAACCCACCCCCGGCGGUUGCUGCUCCUCCUCCUCCCGCCCCCACGACCAGCAGCAGCUCGUCUGUCUAUGUCGCUCCUCAGCCCACCCCCGAGCCUGCGCCUGUCGUGGCCCCCGCGCCGCCACCCGCGCCCGCGCCCGCACCACCCAAGGUUGAAACCCCCCCUGCUCCCGCCCCCGCCGCCCCGUCCAUCGCGGCAGUCAACCCCCCCGCUGCGCCGUCCCCCGACACGGGCUCCGGCUCCGGCGCCACCGUCAACACGAACAGCAACGCCGCCUCGGUGCUGGGCUCCGGCUUCAAGUCCGGGGACCUGACCUACUACACCGUGGGCCUUGGUGCCUGCGGCGAGGACGACAGCGGCAAGGACAUGACCGCCAACAUCGUCGCCAUGUCGGCUGCGACCAUGGGCGCGCAGUCCAACGGGAACCCCAUGUGCGGCAAGACCAUCAAGAUCUUCAACAAGGCCAACGGCAAGACCUCGACCGGUGUCAUCCGCGACAAGUGCCCCGGCUGCGUCGACGGCAGCAUCGACGUCUCGCAGAAGCUGUUCGAGGAGCUCGCCGACCUCGCCGACGGCCGCAUCGACAUCUCCUGGAACUGGGCUUCCUAAGCUGCGCUGGUGGUGGUCUCCAGCUUGAUGACCUCGGCUUCUCGCAGUACCCGCCAACCAUCCCAGGUGCCCGGGUACGGGGGAGGCUUGACGAAUUUCCUUUCCAAACUCAUCACGAGGCAUUUGGCAUGAUAUCCAAGGUUCUCAGGCCCACAACUUGGGGGUUCCAGAGCAACAAAUCUACAUUCUUGGGGCGUCAAUAGGAGGGAGGCGGAUCUGGGUAUCGACAAAACAGAUACUACCUUUUUUUCCCCCGGCCGCGUUUGUUUUGUUUCAAUUCUUGAGAUACAAUAUGGGCACUCCUGGCUUCACUCCUUUCAAAAGAUAUCCCAGGCCGUUGCUCACCUACGAGCCCCACGUCCUUUCUUCUUUCCUUGAGGCGAUUGGGGGAAAACCAAAAUGGACGGGCAAUGCUUGCAUAGUCCUUAACUUCUAGUGUAUAUACCUUAGGGAAUUAACUCCUAUUCUGUGGACUCGCCGAGGUCCGACUUGAUCAUAGAUCAUAUCCACAAAUCUUUUUGACCCCUCAUCGUGUGCGCGCCUUGUGUGGACCGUGCCAUUGCGUUGUGGAUUCGUGAUGGAGGGGGGUCACUAAGAUCGUCAACGGUCUUUUUUUUCUGUGGGUUUGAUGUGUUGAUCGCUUGCACGACUCCAUUUUCCUUGGGCCUAGUUCCGUCGGCUAUCGAUGGCUAUCUGAUGUGGCACACGAUACAGUGGACAGUGCGCUCCUCGCCGACGAGCUCGCAUUGACCACGUCCAGGUCCAGCGUCAUCAAUCGAUCCUGACUGAAGCAUAAUUACAUGCUUAAUUAGCUAACGAGGUUUAUAGUAUCGUUGAUUUAUUUCACCUG